ACGUUUUAUCUCAUCCCAUUUUUCAAUUGGAGCUUAUUGCAUUUACUACCUCUGUGAAAAUCGUUUCCCCUGGUCAUAAAAAAAUUAGCAAAAAUUCCCUGUAUUUAUUUUUAAGACAACAUACUCAGACUCAUUUAUAUUUUCUCCAUUGACCGGUUGUGAAGCGACCGAAAUACCCUGGGGACCAAAUUAAAGUUUUGAAAAUUUUAAUCAAAUAAUUCAGGGGACUGAAUUGUAAUUUUCUGAAAAUACAUAAUAUUUAUAAAAUAUUAUGUAUUUCUUUAUGUCAUAUUUUCAUAAAGGGGCAUGCUAAAUCCCACACUAAAAUUUACUAAAUCCCACACAUAAAUUAAAAAAAAAAUCUCUCUCUAACUUUUUUCUAUGAUGAUUUUUUCCAUGUCACUCAAAAUUCGUUAAUCUUUCACGUGAAUAGUCAUAAAAAGUGAGUUUAGGUUUAUUAUAUUUAAUAUUUUUCAAUUUCAUUAUGUCUUUUUUAUUCUUUAAAUUCAUAUUAAUUCGAAUUUUUUUCUCAAAUUCCAACUUUAUUUUAGUUUGAACACAUGAAGAUUUUUCUCAAAUUCGAACUUGGAAUGAUAUGGACGUUUUUAGUGCGUGGUUUUGUGAAAAAGUUAGGGAAAAAGAAGAAGGGUGGGGAAGGAGAAGAUGAGAUUUUAGGGAGAAAAAUUUUCAAUUGUGUGUAUGAUUUGGAAAAAUUGGUGUGGGGUUUAGCAUAUCAGUUUUAUAAAUACCAAAUAUUGCUUUAAAAGUAUUUAUAAUUUAAUAAAUUUAAAUCAAAGAAAAUGCAAUGAAAAUAUUUUGAAAUAAAAAAAAGAAGAAAAAGAUGUUGGGGGCAAUUCCGUCAUUUCACACAAAAAUGAAGAAAAGUCGCAGAACCCACGAGUGACACACGAUUUCCGAUGAGGGGGGUUGUCAUCUUUCACUAAUGAAUACGGAGUAUUUGCUAUUCUUUUAAUGACGCGGAAAACAUGCAGUUGCAAUUUUCAUAAGAGUAAAUGCAAUAAGCUCUUUUUAUUCGGUAUAGAUUAUCAUUUGUCUAAAGAAAUAUUUUGCUUGUUGGUUACAGAAGCACUGAAGAAGCGACUGAUUGCAGGUAAACAAUUUCAUGCUUUUAAUAAUAUUAUUAUUAUUCAUCUCAAAAAAAAAAAAUUAUUAUUAUUCUAGUAGAUGGGUUCUAAUCUAACUUAUGAAUUUUGUUUCAAAGGUUUUGGUUGCUUUCUUGCCGUGAUAAUCCUCGUCGCUCUCUUCUAUCAAUACAUUAGAUUUAGAACUGGCAGGGAGAAUCAAAUCAAGAUUGAAAAGUUUUUGCAAGAUUAUCGAGCCCUUAAGCCGAGUAGAUUCUCUUAUUCUGAUAUAACAAGGAUUACUCAUCAAUUUCGCGAUAAAUUAGGUGAAGGGUGUUAUGGAGUUGUUUACAAAGGAAAGUUGAACAAUGAAAUAGAUGUUGCAGUUAAAGUACUAAACAAUUCCAAAGGAAACGGAGAGGAGUUUGUGAAUGAAGUAAGCACGAUUGGGAGGAUACACCACGUCAACAUCGUCCGUCUUGUUGGCUUUUGUGCUGAUGGAUUUCGAAGAGCGCUUGUUUAUGAAUUUCUACCUAAUGAUUCCCUCGAAAAAAUCAUUUUUCAAGCAGGUUCUAAGAAAAUAUCUCUAGAUUGGGAAACGCUAAAGGAUAUUGCGCUAGGCAUAGCCAGAGGCAUAGAAUAUCUUCACGAGGGAUGUGAUCAACAAAUACUCCAUUUCGACAUAAAGCCGCAAAACGUAUUGUUAGACCACAACUUCAACCCGAAGAUCUGCGAUUUUGGUCUUGCGAAAUUGUGCUCAAAGGAACAAAGUGCAGUGACAAUGACUGCGGCUAGAGGAACAAUGGGCUAUAUUGCACCUGAAGUAUUGUCCAGGACUUUCGGGAGGGGUUCGUGUAAGUCUGAUGUUUAUAGCUUCGGAAUGUUGUUGCUUGAAAUGGUGGGAGGGAGGAAAAACGAGGAUCGUAUUGUAAAUAAUACUAGUCCGGUAUAUUUUCCGCAGUGGAUUUACAAUCAUAUAAAUGCGGAGGAUAAUUCCAUGUGGGAACAAAUUGAUGAAGAAGGAAGUAUUAUAGCAAGGAAACUUAGUAUAGUAGGGUUGUGGUGUAUACAGUGGUAUCCGACAGAUCGUCCGUCAAUGAAAGUUGUGGUUCAAAUGUUGGAAGGAGACAAUGGCGAUCUCACAAUGCCUUCAAAUCCAUUUCCAGCUACUACGAAUUCCGUUGGUGCCGGUGCAAGUCUUUCUGAUUUUGGAUUGGCAAAAGAUGAGCCAACUGGAGAUAAAGUCAUGUUUCGACAGAGUCAUGGACAGCUCAUGAAAGUAAUUGCGGAUGUUAUAUCGGGGAUUUCUCCGACAUACCAUGAACCCAAGUAUCUGUUGAUGCUGUAA